ACGAAGAACACUUUACUGUAGGAAAUAUAUAUCAGAGAGGAAGAACAUGAUGGAAUAAAAAGAGAGAACAAGACACACCGGGCGCUGUGGGAGAGAACUACCUCCAGAAGGUGGCAGCAGCAGCCAUUACUCUGUUUUGUUUCUUUAAAAAGUAUAUCAACAGUAAGGAUCCGUGUGUGUCCGGAUAAACCUGCUGCUCUCCAGGGAGGUAGCUUAGCAUGCUAACCGGAAGUUAGCCUCGCAGCGCUGCUCAGAGUGAAGAAAGUGUUUGUGAGCUGGUGGAGAAAAUGAGUGAAGUCCAGGUGCUGAGAGCGGCUGCUGAAGAGAUAUUCGGGCUGUUUGAAAGGACGAUAUCAGAGUACGAGCGGGAACUCUGUCGGUCCAAAGAGGAGAACCAGAGACACCGGAAGCUGCUGGACGCUGUGUUCCAGCCUGAAGUCCGGCUGCACAGAGCAGUGAGUCAUGAAGACGUUCAGCAGCUGCAGGGGAGUAAACAAGAGGUUCCCUCUGAGCAGAAGGAGUGGAGACACAGUCUGGACCAGGAGGACCCAGAGCCCCCACACACUAAAGAGGAGUGGAGCCCGAGACUGGACCAGGAGGACCCACUAGAGGUGCCACACAUUAAAGAGGAACCGGAGGAACUCUGGACCAGUCAGGAGGGAGAGCAGCUUCCAGGGCUGGAGGAGGCUGAUAUCACCAAGUUCACAUUCACUCCUGUCUCUGUGAAGAGUGAAGAAGAUGAAGAGAAACCUCAGUCCUCACAGCUUCAUGAGAGCCAAACUGAACAGAUGGAAGCUGAUGGAGAGGACUGUGGAGGACCAGAACCAGCCAGGGACUCUGAUCCAGAUAGACUUUUACAAUCUGAGACUGAAGACAGGACUAAAUACUCCUCUGAACCUGAAGUCAGUGAUGAUUGGAAGGAGACCAGAGCACCUCAGUCAGGUUUAAACUUUCUGCAAAAUCACGACUAUUAUUCUGUUGCGAAACCAUUUUGCUGUUUUGAGUGCGGAAAACUAUUUAACCAAAACUCAAAUCUGAAGACACACAUGAGGAUUCACACAGGAGAGAAACCUUUCAGCUGCUCAGUCUGUGGUAAAAGAUUUGCCCAGAAGAUUUGCAGAACCACAUGAGAUGUCAUACAGGAGAAAAACCUUUCCACUGUUCACUUUGUAAGAAAGGUUUUUCACGGUAUGCACAUUUACAGUUACACAUGAGACUUCACACAGGAGACAAACCAUUCAGCUGAUUGACUUUGCUUAAUCAGGUCAAAAGCCAUCAGUGUGCCGGUCGUCGGUCCUCGCAGCUUCAUCAAAACCAGAGUGAGGAGUCUCGGGGCAGCAGCUCAACAGAACACAUGAAAACAGAACCUGAAGGAGAGGACUGUGGAGGACCAGCCAGGAACUCUGAUCCAGAUAGAUUUAAACGGGGAACGGAGCAAUUUUUAUUUGAUGGUCAGUUUGUCAGGAAAAUGGAACUGAACUAUUUUUGAACUGAACUGCUUUGCUGAAUUGAAAUGAACUGGAUCCUGAGGGGUAAUUCGAGUUGUGUUUAUUGUUUUGUGAUACCCGUUUUUUAAUACAUGUUUCUUCUGUUGCUGAUUA